UUGGAGUUUGAUCGUUUUUCUUCUCUUUUGGAGUCAAAUUAUGGGCGAAUAUUCACCAGAUGUUUUACACGUUGAGAGUAUCAAUGUGUAUGGUUCAACCACUGGACUCCUACAACUUUUAGAAAUGGAGGAAGUGUUCAUAGCUAAUAUUAAGGCAUACACCAAUAAAUUGGCCGAAAAGGUUCAAAAUCUCCAGGCUUAUAUCGACUCGGUUGACUACGAAUUCAAUCAAAGUUGUGAAGAUCGUGAGAAAUAUGUCGGUAAUCCCAUUAAUGCAUUUAGUCUGGUGAGACGGACUCAUGAAGAUCUACCAAAAUGGCACAAUUAUUCACAGCAGAUCGUGGGAAUGGAGGAACUGUUUGCAUUAGAUGAAAUUAUAGCCAAGGCUCCGGGUAAAAAGGAUAUGGAACACUCUUUGGCAGAAAUGCACCGGCUUGAAAAGAUUUACGAUCUGGAAGCCAUCGAGUUAGCAAGAGGUCGCAUUCAGGACAAGCAAUAUGACUUUCGGCCAUCGAUUCGGGAUUGCGUGGCUUUGGGCGAGCACAAAUUCAAAGUGGAGGACUACCAGCGGGCUUCCAUGUGGUUUCGCAUGGCCAUCAAACAUGAACCCGAGGAAAAUGCCGAAAUAAUCAACAAUAUCCUUGGAGAUCCGAAAAACGAAUUGAACACGCUGUACGCCAAAUCAAUGCUCAUAUUCGGCAUUACCAGGUCAAAUCCUUCGAUGACAAUCGCAGAAGCUAAGGAAAUAUCCUACGAAGCCCUGAAUAAAGCCAGCCCAGCAGAUGUGAAGUCCCUUUUGAACGAGUUGCUGAGUCAAACUGAUGAAGAAAUAGUUUAUGAAAUGAAUGUUAACAAGACAGGGCCCACAGACUUCGAAAUGGGAUGCCGUGGCCAGUUUCGUGGACUUAGGAAUCUAGUGUGCACCUAUAAUUUCACCGCAACAGAAUUCUUGAGACUAUCGCCCUUGAAACAGGAAGUUUUAAAUUGGGAUCCUUACAUUGUCCUAUACCACGAAGUUCUUAACGACGACGAGAUCGAAAAGCUCAAACAGCACUCAAAUGAUAAUAGCGCGGAGGAAAUCAAUCCCUUUAAAAAACGCAUCUUUCAACGUAUUAGCCACAUGACACGACUGAGAAUUCCGCAUUCAGAUCAACUUAUAGUUUCAGAAAAUGUUUCAGAAACGCACCGGCAUAAAGGAAAAACCCCAAAGGGUACAUUGCUAUUUUUUCUUGACAAUGUAAAGCAAGGUGGAGCGACGGUUUUUCCAAACUUGAAAAUAGCUGUCUUUCCCCAAAGGGGCAGCUGUUUGUUUUGGCAUAAAACACUUGAUACCCGUAACGAGCCAUUGGAAUGCCCAGUUCUUCAGGGAAAUAAAUGGAUUCUCACCAAAAGGGUGCAUACAAUGGACGAGCUUUGCAGUAUAAAAAAAACGAAAGCUAAAAAUAACCAUUAUGUAUAAAUACUUUUAUAGAGCACUUGGUAAAGAAUAACCAGAAUUUAUAAAUUCUUUUAUAAAGCACUUAAAAC